UCAUCAUUUGAGGUUAAACGAAACGUUAAAUGCCAGCUGCUAUUAUUAUUGUUUCCUCUUUAUUUUAUUGUUUUAAAAUGUUAUCUUAUGUUCGAAAUAAACAUGCUAUAAAUUUUGAAUGAUUGAUUAAUACGAAAAUUUUUAAAAUUUCGUUGAUCUAUUCGUAAAGCAGUUUUAUCAAGUAAAAUGUCAAGCUCUGAAGCAAGUAUUGGAUGUGUCAGUGAAGUUACUUUGGCUAUCAGUAAAGCAAAAGGACCUCAACAGUCAAAUAAUGCUCGUGACUUGGAUAGUCCUGAUUCUACGUAUUCUGAAAACUCUAAUUCAUACACAGUUCAGCGAUAUGAUUAUACAGAUGAAGAAAGUCAAAAUGGAAACUCUGAAUUUCAAGUUAUACCUUGUGAAAGUGAUUUAAGGAUACCUAUUGUAGGAUAUGAAGUUAUGGAAGAAAGAGCUAGAUUCACAGUAUAUAAGUUGAGAGUAGAAUUGAAAAAUGGAGACUGCUGGUUUGUUUUUCGUAGAUAUACAGAUUUUGUUCGCUUGUAUACUCAACUUAAAAGACAAAAAGCUUCUAUUUCCCAUCUAUCAUUACCUAGAAAAAAGUGGUUAGGAGAUAACUUUGCUCCAAGCUUUCUUGAGGAAAGAAUAAGGGGACUUCAAGCCUUUGUUAAUGGGCUGUUAAAUAGUUCAGAUUUAGUUAACCUAAAUUGUGUCAGAGAAUUCUUUUGUCUUGAUGAACCUCCUGCCUUAUCUGAUACCGUGGAAGAAUCUAGAGCAAUUUUUGAAGCCUUAGAAGACACAAUUUAUCACCUGAGACAACAAUUAAGAGAAAGAGAAACUGCUCUUGCAACAGAAUCCAAUCUCUGUAAUGAAAUGAGAAAAAAACUUCAUUUAAUGAGUGAGUCUCAAACUUGUCCAAAGUGUGGUGCAAAUAACAAUUAUUCUACUGAAGAAACUUAGCAGAAUAAUAUAUGACAUUUGCUACUAGCAUUUCAAAAUGCAAAUGGAAAGUCUGUAAGAUGCAAUAAGUUCUUAAAAUAAUUUAUUAAAGGAAUGAAGAAUAGCUUUCAAACAGAUUUGCAAACAAAUCCUAUGGUCUUAGACUUUGAGCUUAGUAUUUUUUAUAUCUAUUCUGCACUCUCAACAAAACGAUUAAUGUUUCAUCAAUACUGAUGAAACAAUAACUGAGACCGUAUGUAACACUGCCUUUAGAAAGGGUUUAUGAAAUGAAUCUCAGUACCAUUUUAAUAUAGCCUUAUAAAUAUAUUACUGUAUGUAUUACAUCAAUGGUAACUAUUUUGUAAGUGAUUAUAUUAUCAUUAGCAUCUUAGCAUCUUUCAUUAUACAAUAAUUCAUCAAAAAUCGUUGUGGAAUGGGUGAGUCCCUCUCAAAUUAAAUCAAAUCCUCUUUGUAAAUUGCACAACGUUUCACAGCCCAUGUUUACGGCCUCACCAGGCAAAUACAGUAUUUGUAUAGAGCAUUUAUAAUUUAGAAAGAGAAUUUGAUUUAAUUUAAGAGGGACUCACCUAUUUCACAUCAAUUUUUGUCAAAUUAUAUUGUAAAUGAUUGGUUUUAAUAAGGAAAUGGGUUAUGCAAACAAUAUUAAGAGAUUAAACUUACAAUUCAAGUUUAAGUGCAUUCACUUUGAUUUUAUUUUGAAACUUAGAGGAUAAUUAUUUUGUUACCUAUAGCUUUGAGUGAUGGUUGUUGCUAGAUAGAGACAAAGAUGUAAAAUAAUGAUUGUAUAUUUUUAUACAAAUUUACCAAAUUAGCCUUCCUGACUUUCAAAAUAAUGUAUGAGUCUAUGAUAUAAAAAUAUAAUAAAUUCGUAAAUUUUAUAUUCGUUAAUACAUCAAUUUAUAAAAAUAUUUUAAGAAGAAUCUAUACGUUUAAUAAAACCGUGAGAUGGAUAUUUGUAUGUUUUUUUUUUUUAAUUUGAAGAGUAAAUGCGUAUAUUAUAUAUAUAUAUAUAUAUAUUGUUAUCGUAGUAAG